CAAAACAAAAUGAUUGUAGAAUCGUCUUCCGAAAAUAUUUAUUCCCUACGAUUACGUUUAGGUUAAGUGUUAGGCAGUGGAGACUUGGCUGCUACAAUCUCGAACAGGCACCGGCAAUGUCGGUAAUAGUAUUACGUCUUAAAGACGUAAAGAAACCUUUUACAUUUACGAAGGUUCUGGAACCCUUCAGGUCACGUGACUACACAGGAAGCCAUUUUACAACCCCAACGAGGUGGACCAUGGAGUGCCCCGAGGGACGGCUCCCCGUUUCUUCAGAAAAUGAUUCAACACCAACAGUUUCAACAUCGGAAGUAACUAGCCAACAAGAGCCCCAAAUUCCUGUCGACCGUGGGUCUGAAACCACCUGUGAAAGCAGCGCCGACAUUGCUGGCGACCAAGGCACCCAGAUUCCUGCCGACCAGUACGCUCAAACGGAUGCGGACGGCAGCGCCCAGGCUGCUGCCCAGGCCCCAGAAAACUUCCAGGAAGGGAAAGACAUGAGUAAAAGCCAGGAUGAAGUUCCUGAUGAAGUUGAGAACCAGUUUAUAUUGCGUCUGCCUCUGGAACACGCUUGUACUGUCAGGAACCUAGUACAUUCUCAAAGUGUCAAGAUGAAGGAUAAACUAAAAAUUGACUUACUGCCUGAUAGGCGCCAUGCAGUUGUUGAAGUAGAAGAUGUUCCACUAGCUGCUAAGCUGGUUGAUUUGCCUUGUGUUAUUGAAAGCCUGAGAACGCUUGAUAAAAAAACUUUUUAUAAAACAGCAGACAUUUCUCAGAUGCUUGUGUGCGCUACUGAUGGUGAUAUCCACCCUUCUCCAGAAGAAUCAGCUGCCUCUGCUGAUCCUAAUAUAACCAGGAAAAAAGAAAGGGGGAGAGAGAAAAAAUAUGUCUGGAAGCAUGGCAUUACUCCACCACUUAAGAAUGUCAGAAAGAAAAGGUUCCGGAAAACACAAAAAAAGGUCCCUGAUGUCAAAGAAAUGGAAAAAAGCAGCCUUCCUGAGUACAUUGAAUCUCCAGAUGUGGAAAAUGAAGUAAGGAGACUGCUGCGUUCAGAUGCUGAAGCCAUAAGUACCCGUUGGGAAGUCGUUGCUGAAGAUGGAACCAAGGAAAUAGAAAGUCAAGGCUCCAUCCCAGGAUUUGUGAUAUCCUCGGGAAUGAGCAGCCACAAGCAGGGUCAUACCUCAUCAGUAGAAUAUGAUAUGCUUCGGGAGAUGUUCAGUGAUUCUAGAAGUAACAAUGAUGAUGAUGAGGAUGAGGAUGAUGAAGAUGAGGAUGAGGAUGAGGAUGAGGAUGAGGAUGAAGAUGACGAAGAAGAAGAGGAGGAAGAUUAUUCUGAAGAGUAUCUGGAAAGGCAGCUUCAGGCCAAGUUUAUUGAAUCUGGCCAGUAUAGGGCAAAUGAAGGUACCAGUUCAAUAGUCAUGGAAAUUCAGAAGCAGAUUGAUAAAAAGGAGAAAAAGCUCCAUGAGAUUCAGAAUAAAGCACAAAGACAGAAGGAUCUCAUCAUGAAAGUGGAAAACCUGACACUCAAGAAUCAUUUUCACUCUGUGCUGGAGCAGCUUGAGAUACAGGAAAAAAAAAAAAAUGAGAAGCUCAUUUCCCUACAGGAACAAUUGCAGCGUUUUCUGAAGAAGUGAGGAGAGCCAUUGGCCUGGCACACAAACCUUGGAUCCACCAUCCAGACUGAAGACUGGAUGAAACUGUGCAUGUUUCUGUCCCUUCCAUUGCCUUAUGUUGAAUCAGUUAUAUUUAUCUGUACCUUCUUUGCUACUUAUAAUAUGCUCAAAGUUUGUAGUCAUGUAGAAAAGGCCAGUAUAAAAAUAUAGUAGACUUAGAUACCCCACACGACCAUGAGACUUUCUCUUUGUCAAUUUGGGAAUUAUUAUUAUUAAUUUAGAAAUGGGGUCUUGUUAGGUUGCCCAGGCCGAAUUCAGACUCCUGGGCUUAAGGGAUCCUCCUGCCUCAGCCUCCUGAGUAGCUGGGACUACAGGUGUGCACCACCACACCAAACAAGAAUUGAUUAUAUUGCUUCUGUGCUAUGGUACCAGCAGAUGAUUCAGUCAUGCUUCCAAAGGCAGUCUAGUCUAGAGGCCAUACAGCUGUUUGGUUUGCAUAUGUUUUAGCUUUUCUUUUGGUUUUUAGUAUUUCCUAAAACAUAGGGGAAAAAACGAGGUCAUUUCUACUAAACACUAGAACCUGCCACAGUGAGUUUAAGUGCCUACCUUGCAGCAGUUAAUACUAGAUUGUGUUCUGUCUUUGUUCAAGCAACAGGGCUGCAUUCCUGCUCAAGGAUGAUUUCUUGCUGCUGCUUAUAUUUGUUCUGUUGCUUCUAGGGUGGAGCUGGUUGUUAUUCACCAACUAAGGGAACAGUUAGAGCAGAGAUGAAGAAAUUAUGAACUGUUAUCCUUAUUCUGAGCCUUCUCCUCCUAACCCUUAUUCUGAGCCUUCUCCUCCUAACCCCCAUCAGUUAAGGUUGGGAAGAACAAGAUGCCAUAAUGCCUAUGAAGACUUCUUUAACAAUCUCGUUUGGGUUUUUUUCUAGGUAUAUUAUUAGUGUUUUAUGGUCUGUGUUCUUUAAACAAUAAAUAAAUUGUUCCUUUUAAAUGGA